AUGGCGCCAACCGAACAUGAAGAUCUCGUCUUCUACCCGGCGUUCUGCUUCAAGGCGUCUCCUACCCACUUCGCCUGGGUAAAGAUGAUGGCGACGGAUGUGCAUCGGCUCAAGAGACGGCCGGAGUUCGGAGACCAAUCCAUCCUCUUCUACCAAAACCACCCCAUCCGAUUCGUCUCCGUAGCCGGCAUCAUCAUCGCAAGGACUGAAUACCCACGUCUCACCAUCCUAACGCUCGAUGACAGCAGCGGCGCCACAAUUGACAUCGUCGUUUACAAAGCCGACCCGACGACAACAGCAGCAGCAGCCGCUGCACAGGACUCCUCAGUCUCAGCCUCCGUUUCAGGCCCAGGUCAAGGCACAAGGCAACCACCACCAUCCAAUGGCUCAAUCCAAUCGCAGUGGACAACGACCCACGUCGCUGCCACGGACCGGAACUCAGCCGUGAACAUCACCUCACUGGUCCCCGGCGCCGUCGCCCAGAUCAAAGGGACUCUGUCAAUGUUCCGGUCCACGGUACAGCUGCAGCUCGAGCGCGUCUUCGUAGUCCGGGGCACGAGCGCCGAAAUGCGCUUCCUGGACCAAUGCUGUCGAUUCUUGGUCGAGGUGUUGGCUGUGCCGUGGAGGUUGGGUGAGGAUGAAAUAAUGCAGUUGCGGGUCGAGGCAGAUGAGGAAGAAGAGAAGAUUGAGGAGGAGCAGGCGAGGAUGAAGAAAAGGCAGAGGAAACGCCUGGAGCGCGAGGAGAAGGAUCAGCGGAGGAUUCAGAAGUUGUGGGAGCAUGAAGAGAGGAAUAGGGAGAAGGAGGCGGUUAUCUGUAAGGAUGCUGGCGCGAAAACCAUGUAUGAGAUUCGCAAGAGGCAGACGGGAGUUGAGCGGUGA